AUGAUACUCUUUGUAAUUUUAUUAAGCAAUUUACUAGCCUACGGCUAUACAGCUCCUGUUAAUACCGAAUUAUGGGAAGAAGAUCCUGAAUUAACUGCUGGUUAUUAUGAAGGUGAUAUGCUGCUGGCAACCAAUAGAAAUGGUGUAACAAAUGUUUUAAAAACUUGGCCUUUGGGCAUAGUUUACUAUAAAAUAGAUGAAGUGUUUAAUGCCGAUCAAAUAUCUUACAUACAACAAGCUAUGGCUGCCAUUGAAUCGAUAAGCUGUAUACGUUUCCAGAUAGCUGGAAAUGAUACCAGAGACUAUAUUAAUAUUACCGGAACACUGCACGGUUGUUAUGCGACAGUAGGUUAUACGGGCUUUAAACAGACUUUAAAUUUACAUGUUAACGAUUUGGAUAAAGGCUGCUUUAUAAAAGGCAAGAUUAUUCAUGAACUGUUACACGCCUUAGGUUUCUAUCAUCAACAUAGUGCCCCAAAUCGAGAUGACUAUAUUUGGGUUAUGCUGGAAAAUGUUCAAGAUAAAUAUAAACCUUUCUUUAGGAAACAAAGUGAAAAGUUUGUCACCGACUUUGGUAUUGAAUAUGAUUAUUAUAGUGUUAUGCACUAUAGCUCUACGGCCUUUACGAAAAAUGGUCUACCUACUAUAAUACCUUUACAGAGUGGUGUGGAGUUGGGACAAAGGAAGGGUUUAAGUUUCAAAGAUAUAUUGAAACUUAAUUUGAUGUAUGAUUGUGCUUUAAGAGAAGUAUAA